UGAUCAUAAUCACAAGCGUGUCGAGGUUGUAAUUCAAAAUCAAUAUCAAAAUCGAAAUUCCAAACCACAAAUUCAGCAAAGUGUUGGUAAAAAAUUCCCACAGAUCGAUGCCGGGGAAUCGGAAGUUUUCGAGAAUUGAUUCCACGUCCGACGGAGUUGUAGCUAGUUGAUUUUGGCAGAGGCAAUGAGACGGGUAAAGGUGGAAGAGAGUGAUGAAAAUGGUGGAGCUGGUGAUGAGCGGGGAUCCUACCCGGAUCGGCCGGGUGAACCUGAUUGCAUUUACUAUUUGCGGACGGGGUCUUGUGGCUAUGGGAGCAAUUGUCGUUUUAAUCAUCCCUCUAGUGCAGGACAAGUUCAUGGUGUUAAAGCCUGCAGUGAGCUUCCCGAAAGGGCUGGACAGCCGGAUUGUGGGCACUAUCUUAAGACGGGCACCUGUAAGUAUGGGUCAACCUGUAGAUAUCAUCAUCCCAAAGAUAGACAAGCUGAUUUCUUGUUGAAUAUGUUGGGAUUACCAAUGCGUCAGGACGCAAAGCCUUGUCCUUUUUAUAUGCGCAUGGGAUUAUGUAAAUAUGGAUAUGCUUGCAAGUUCCAUCAUCCCCAACCUACAUUAGCUGCUUCAAAUGUCUUACCUGUAAUGGGACCUGUCUAUGGUUCGGGCGGCUCUGCAGUAGUUCCUUCAUCUGGUGUAUCAUCUGCUAGUAUUUCAGGAGCGUCCUUGUCAAAGGCAACUUAUUUUGCUAGCUCACUGCCACAAAGCUACUUGCCAUUAUUUCUACCUCAAUCGCAAGGAUGGAACACCUAUAUGGGAAAUGCCAGUCCGUUGCCUGUCUCUAGUGUCCUAACUGGUCCAGUACCGAACAGGCAGCAAUCUGUCUUGUAUCUUCCAGAAAGACCGGAUCAGCCAGAAUGCCGAUAUUUUAUGGAAUACGGGAGUUGUAAAUACGGAUCAGAGUGCAAAUAUCACCAUCCCAGAGAAAAGCUCUCACAAUUAGUUUCAACUUCAAUUGUCCCACUCGGGCUUCCUCUAAGACCCGGUCAGCCUGUGUGUUCGUAUUAUAGCCUCUAUGGAAUAUGCAAUUACGGCACUGCCUGCAGAUUCGACCACCCAAUGGACAGGCACAACUACGCAUACGGCCUCAGUGUCCCUCCAACGGCCUUUGCUUACCCGUCCCCAGCCCCAUAUCAGAGAAUAGCGUCCCUGGUGCCCGUAGCUGACGUCUCACCAACCAAAUCAUCCUAGUUGAGUGACUGGAUCUAGAAGGAAACAACUGCAAGCAACAAGAAUCAUCAAUACUCAAACACCAAGAGCCUUUCAGAUUCGCUCCCGCACUCGUCGAAGGCCUCGUCCGAUGUUUAUCACGAUGAGUCUGACUGACGCGCUGUGGCGCAGCUGGCUGUAAGCCUGUAACCACUCUCCAUCACCAUCUCUGUGGUGGUCUAUUUUUUUUGAAAGGUAUAUUAUUGUGACACUUUGUUUUAAUACUUACUCCCGUUUUUUAUUUUUUAUGCCAAUAUUUAUUGUUUUUUCUCUUAAAACUCUUUUUUUGGGGAAAGAGUUGAUCAGAUGGUUAAUGCGUGCAAAUUUCUUAUUCUUUUUUUAUGUGCUAAUUUUAUACUGUAUUGAUGUUGUUGGUUUUCUUAAUUGGAUUGUAUUGAGGAUUCCGUGUUUGAAUUU